AUUUUUGACAAUUUAAAAUGAAUCUGCACGAAGAGUUUGACCUUCCCCCUCCCAAAGCAAUCAGUGAAGGAGGAAGUAUCCCUGAUUACGACAAAGCAUACUAUAUUAGCGAGCAGCUGGAUGAAAGAUCAUAUGAAAAUAAUUAGCACUGACGGGCCAGAUUACGAUGAACACUUAUUAAUGAUGGCUUUUAAUAAUCUUGAUAAUGAUCAGAUACUAGAGUUUAUAGAUGAGCAAGAGGACUGGAAGGGAAUCAAGCUCUCAGAAGAUAGAGAGUCCUUGUUACAUAUUGGAAUUUACUCCAGUAAUUACAAUAUUUGUAAAUCACUUUUAAAAAGAAAGGCAGACAUAGAUGCUAAAAACAAAGAAGGGCAUACUCCACUUCAUUCUGCUUGUAUUCAGAAAGCAAACUGCAAGUAUAUUGCACUCCUUAUGAAUCACGGUGCAGAUCCAACUUUGAGAGAUAAUUGUGGUAAAACCCCGCUUCAUUACAUAAGGUGUUUGGCCUCCCUAAAUGUUAUCCUUAAGGAGUACAAUAAGAAUGAAGAUACAAACAAGGUUGAGUUGCUUAAUAUGGAUGAUAAAAAUGGGAAUACUCCUCUCACGGAUUGAAUUCUUGAGGAAGAAAAGACCAAUUCAAAAUCUCAAAUCCUCAAAGAAAUGAUUAAAAAGGAUGCUGACUUUUCUAUCCAAAAUAAUAAAGGUGACAAUGCCUUGCAUAUAUGUGCCAGGCAAUGUAAUUCCAAAAUUCUAGGAGUCAUAGUACUCAAAAUGCUGAAUGAUGAGCUUAAUGGAAAAUCUAUUGGUUUGAGCAUGAUGACAUCCCAGGCAGUACUUAAAUUACAGAACAACCAGAAUGCAGAUGCUUUAACGGAAUCUAUUCAUUCAAAAUCUAAAGACUGUAUAAGUAUUUUAGUUGAUAUUGGAGGAAUGAAAAUUACAAAGGCUCAUCUCGCUGCUGCCAAGAGUUACAUUAAUGAUUCCAGCAAGAUUUAUAACCUUUUAAAAAGACGUUAUCAGGCACAAGAAGGUGAGAAAGAGAUCGAGAAGAAUGGAAAAUAUAGUCGAAAUCACCUAAAUGGUCUCAAAUCUACGGAUGAAGUUAGAGGAAAAGUAACAGAUUAUUUUCUAAAAACUAAAAUUGGAAGUCAGAGAGAUCUCCUCUCAACUUCUGAUGAUCUUAAUCUUGAAGAAGCUAAAGUCACCGGAAAACUCAAGAAUACUCUGGAAAAACUUACGGUGGAGCGGGAUAUGAUCAGAGAUGAUAGGGAUAAACUUCUACAGCUUCUAGAUCAAAAUGAUGACUGAGGAUUCAAACUUGAAGAGAGUGAUGUUGAGUUAAAAGAUCAGAUAGGAUGGGGAGCUUAUGCUGUAGUGUACAAAGGAAAUUACUAUGGAAUAGACGUUGCUGUCAAGAAGUUCAAUAAGACAGAUGAAAAAUCUCUAAGAAUAUAUGCGAAUGAAGUAAAAAUUCUAAAGUCAUGACACCAUCCUGGAAUCUUAAGACUUAUCGGUUAUUUCGAAACUUCUGAUUCUUACAAUAUUGUGAGCGAACUGCAUCCAUGUGGUAAUCUCUCAGAGCUCAUUCACGGUAACAUCCCCUUCAAGCUCAAAAGAAAGUUCGGAGUGGCCAUCGAAGUCGCCAAAGCCAUGAACUACCUUCACUAUCGCAAAAGACCAGUCCUUCACAGAGACCUCAAGAGCGAGAAUGUCUUGAUCGACAAGUCGUUGAGGGUCCGCCUGUGUGAUUUCGGGAUCUCCAAGAUGGCCGAAGUCGAUGAAGUUGAGCAAGACAUGGAGUCGCCUCUGAACAUCAAUCACCAAACCAAGACUAUCGGAACUGUUUCAUGGAUGGCACCUGAGUUCAUCAAUGACAAAGUCUUUGAUAAAUAAGAGCGAUGUGUACUCAUUUGGGAUAUUGCUGUGGGAGAUAAUGACAAGAGGAAAGCUGUACCCUGACCUACAACCACCACAGAUCGCUUACUGAGUAGCUAAUACUAAUUUACGACCUGACAUUCCUAAAGGAAUGAAUUUACAGCUAUAGCAGAGCUAAUAGAAAGCUGCUGGGAUGAAGACCCUGAUAAAAGACCAACUUACAAAGAGAUUCUAGAGAAAUUAAUUAUACUGGAGGAUGAAUUAGUGUUUAAAUAAGAUGAUUUUCAAUU